CACCAUUACAUGCGCAACCAUAACUUCCGCCAAUGUGGGUUUUGUGAAAAAAAAGUUGUAAAAUGUAAAUAUCGUCAAAUCGGAAGGUUUAAGUGUAAAAAUAUAUUUACAGGUGAAGGAUGACAGAUGUGCAGGUAAAGAUUGAAUUAGGUCAUAGAGCAAGUCCUCGUCAGAAACCAACAAAGGAGGGAUUUACUCAUGACUGGACUGUUUAUGUACGGGGACCAGAGCAAUACAACAUUGCUAACUUUGUGGAGAAAGUUGUCUUCCACCUUCAUGCUACAUUUGAUAAUCCGAAAAGAGUCUGUAAGGAAGCACCAUACCAUGUUUCUGAGCAUGGAUAUGCAGGAUUUGAGUUGCCAAUUGACAUUUAUUUCAAGAACAAAGCAGAGCCAAGGAAGAUCAGGUUUAAGUACAAUCUCUUUCUGCACAUGACAGAGCCUGUCAAUCACUCACGAUGCGAGAAACUCACAUUUCAGAACCCAACAGAAGAAUUCAAGAAAAAACUGUUGAAAGCUGGAGGGGUGUUGAUGAGACCCCCAGAGGAGACACAGUUUACAAAUUUAUUUGGACCACCAAUAAAAACAACAGAAUCUCCAAAGAAAUCAAAAGCACCGUCAAUUGCAUCCAAGGAGAAACCUUCUAGAUUGAGCCUGGAUGAUAGUAGUAUGUCACAGAGCAGUAGAUCAAAAGAUAAGGAAAGUUCCUUCUCCAAAUCCACAUCUUCAAGCAAAUUAGAUAGUAUUAGAGAUGAUUCCCACAGUUCAAAGGAAAAAUCUUCUAAAGACAAACACUCUUUAUCAAGAAAACACUCUGAUUCACCAGUUACCUUCUCCUCAUCUAAAAGACAUUCCGAGUCUCCUAACAGACAUGAUCAUUCAUCCAAGAAAUUGAAAAGGAGUUCCUCGUCUUCUUCAUUUCCUGAUAAGAAGAGUAAAGAAAAAGAUAAAGAUGCAGAAAGGGAUAGGGAAAGAGAACGCGAAAAAGAAAGAGAAAGGGAAAAGGAGAGAGAAAAAGAGAAAGAAAGGGAAAGGGAACGUGAGAGAGAGAAAGAACGUGAAAGGGAAAGGGAACGUGAACGAGAUAGAGAAAAGGAAAGAGAAAGACAAAAAGAAUUAGAAAGGGAGAAAGAAAGGCUGAAAGAGGUAGAAAGAGAAAGAGAAAGGCAAAAGGAACUGGAAAGGCAGAAAGAAAUAGAAAAGGAAAAGCAAAGGGAGGCAGAGAGGGAAAGACAGAAGGAAAUAGAGAGGGAGAAAGAAAGGGAAAGAGAAAAGGAAAAGGAAAGAUUAAAAGAACUAGAAAAGGCAAAACAAAGACAGAGAGAAAAAGAAAAGCAGAAAAGAAAAGAAAAAGAAAAAUCAGCAGGUAGCAGUCACCCUGAAAAGUUCGCAUUGAAGAAGCUUACUAGUAGUGAAAAGCAAAAACUUAAAGAAAAAGAGACUUCUGAAAAUAAUUCUGUUAAAGAUUCUCAAAAGAAGAGGUCACCAUCAGUCGAUUCAGAAUUGAGAAAAAGAGGAGAGAGUGAUCGUGAUAAAUUGAAGAACAUCAUUGCUAGUAAAGUAGAUAGUCCUGCAUAUACUAGUAAUUCGCGGAAGGAUGGACAUAAAAAGCAUGAAAAAUCUUUACCAAUACCAGAGAAAUCACCCCGUAAAGAAAAAAGUUCUAAAGACAGUAAAACUGAAAAGACAGAUAGACACAGUCUUAAGGUUGAAAAAAAUAGAGAAAAAUAUGAAAGUAAGAAUAUACAACACAAGAGAAAGUCUUCGGAUUCUCAAAAAUCAAAACCAAAGAAAAGUGUUGAUGGUUCAGGUUCUCAUAAACAUAAACAGUUAUCAAAAAUUACAUCCCGAGAACUGAUAGAUGAUUUAUCUUUGUCAGAUUCUUCUGAUUCUUCAUCAGUAAGUUCGUUAUCAUCUUCAACAUCAGCUGUAUCAGGAAAUAGUUCUGACUCUGAUAACGACAGCGAAGCUGAAAGUGUGGCAAGUGCCAGUCGUAAGUCAAGUACAAGCAGUAGUAAAUCUGCAGAAUCAACGCCAGCACAAAAAAGUGCUCUUGGUACUUUGAUAGCUGAAGCUGAAUUGGAUGGAGAUGAGUCAGAGGAUGACAUCGCAGAACCAGGUUCAGUUUUCUCCACUCACUCUGCAGGCUCACGACCUUCACCUAAUCGCCCAAGUACUGAAACUAAACCAGUCUUUUCUAAUCAUUCUGGCAGUUCCAAAUCAUCGCCCAGUCGCCAGGAUUCAAAAUCAGUAUUUUCUAUUACCAGUUCUAAAUCAUCGCCUAGUCAUCACCAAGUUGACAGUAAGUUAUUAAAGAAAGAAAGAAAUAAGGAUCACAAUAAAGAAGACUCUGGAAAACAUUCUCGAAAGAAAUCCAAGAUUAGUGGUCAAGAGCGAAACACAAAACCUGCUAGUAACAGUUUGAAUAAAGAAACAGAAGCAGGAAGGUUGGUACAUAGUGAAAGUAAAGGAUUUGAUGUAAACAAUAAAGGAGGCGAGAUCUCACCGAUAUCAGACAAGUCGAAUUUCAAUAUUGGUGAUGAAGCUCCAGUAGAGAUGUUGGAAUCUCCGAAUGGUGAAGAUUUAACAGAACUUGUUGCAUUACAAAGAAAACUAAUGUCCAUUAAGGAUCCAAAUAUUCUAGUCCAAGUUGUUAUGUUGAUUCAAAAAGUGGGCAAGUUUCAGAUUGGUGAUUCCACUUUUGACUUUGAUCUGUGCUCUCUUGAUAGUGGAACUGUUCAGGAAAUCAGAACAUACCUAAAUCAGACAUAGGCAAAUACUGCUUUUAGUUAUUGAUGCCUUUAUCUUUAGAAAGUGUUAUCUCUAUAAUUUUGUAAUUGUGAUCUAAAUAUUUAUGUUACACACCAUUCUAAAAGUCUUCAACACUUGAUGUGUGAAAAAUUUUGUUGGUUUGAUUUCAUAAAGUAUAUUUUAAAUCUG